UUGUUCCUCAGCAAAUCUCUCUUGCAGCUCGAGUGAGAGAGAGCCGCUCUGUCCUCCUCCCAACCUCAGCUCAGUCCUCCGGCUCCCAUUGGCCAGCAGUUUGUACAAAUCCAACUCAGGCAGCUCGACUCUCCAGACUAACCCAUCUGAACCGGCCGCCCUGCUUUUUACAAACAUUGGUGCCACUGCUGAGAAUCUUUAUUCGCUCAUUUUCGUUAUCAGUUUGAAGAGGUUUUUUCCUGCACCAGGACGCAAAUCUACAUGAAUUACUUCCCCGGAGGAAAAUAGACAGACGAACGAAUUUUCGGGCAUUCACCAACACAGUCGGCCUAUCCGCGGACCAUACGAUAUACCGAGAAACACCGGGCACAUAGCUGGUGCUUCAUCCACUUUCAAGAUUUUCUCCAACUUCAACCCCCAGACGAACAUUAGCAUGAUGUCGUAUCUGAAGCAACCCCCUUACACAGUCAACGGACUGAGCCUCACCACUUCGGGGAUGGACCUCCUGCACCCAUCGGUAGGAUAUCCAGCGACGCCACGUAAGCAAAGGCGGGAACGAACGACGUUCACGCGCGCCCAGCUGGACGUCCUGGAGGCGCUGUUCGCCAAGACGCGCUAUCCCGACAUCUUCAUGCGCGAGGAGGUGGCGCUGAAGAUCAACUUACCCGAGUCCCGAGUACAGGUGUGGUUCAAGAACCGACGGGCCAAGUGCCGCCAGCAGCAGCAGCAGCAGCAGAACGGGGGCCAGAACAAGGUGCGGCCGGCCAAGAAGAAGAGUUCCCCCACCCGGGAAGUCAGCUCGGAGAGCGGGGCCAGUGGACAGUUCACCCCGCCGACCAGUACCACCACCGUCCCCGCUGUCCCGACCAGCACCGCGCCGGUGUCCAUCUGGAGCCCCGCGUCCAUCUCCCCGCUGUCCGACCCUCUCUCUACCUCAUCUUCGUGCAUGCAACGAUCUUACCCGAUGACCUACACUCAAGCCUCGGGCUACAGCCAGGGCUACGCUGGGUCAACCUCUUACUUUGGCGGCAUGGACUGCGGCUCGUACCUGACUCCGAUGCACCACCAGCUGCCUGGCCCGGGCUCGACCCUCAGUCCCAUGGGCACUAACGCGGUCACCAGCCAUUUGAACCAGUCCCAGGCGCCCCUCUCCACCCAGGGAUACGGGGCGUCGGGGCUGGGCUUCAACUCCACCACGGACUGCCUGGAUUAUAAGGACCAAGCGGCCUCGUGGAAGCUGAAUUUCAACGCCGAUUGCUUGGAUUAUAAAGAUCAAACUUCCUCUUGGAAAUUCCAAGUGCUGUGAAAAGAACAUUCUCGUGUCAAGUGCAGAAUCGACCCCUCAAGCGAAGCGCCGCCAUCCCUCAUAAACCCGAAUAGACUGGUCCAUUUGUGCCGUGGGGCGGCGGGACUCGAAGACCUCCAGAUUGCGGCCUGAUGUUCGUCCUCAGGAGGAAGUUUAAUUUAUUUUAGCCCGACAAAGACGUGUUCUUUGUUUCUGAACCCCACUGAGGGCCACACGAAAACCUGCGGGCCAACCUGGGGGCCAACUCAGAGCGGACUCUUAGAAACGCUUUCCAGCCACGAAACAAAUGUUUGAUUGCGAAACCAAACUGCCAGACACGACGACUUGUUGACUUUGGGAUGGACAGGCUUCUUUCCAACGAGUUGAACCGCUUUGCCGUGUAAUGGCAGAGGCGCGGUCACGAGGACGGUGUGGGAGGACUGCGCGUCCACGAGGCGACACGGAUGCACUACUUUAUUUAAGAAAAAAGUGUUUAUAAGGAAUCAAUAUGUAGUUUCUAAGAGACAAUCAGUGUGCGUCUUAUAUAAAUGGUACAUAUGUGUUUUUUAUCUGUGCUAGCCUUCGAAACUGUGAUCUGUUGUAUUGUAUGCAAAUUGUGAGCCCCGCGCAUAAGAUUCUGCUGUGAUUUUAAUAGAUUUCUAUACCUUUGUUUUGCUAAUGGUUAAAUUAUUGGUAGUGCAUACAGAGGUGAGAUUUCCGGAGCACAAGCCAGUAAAACCAGGGCCAGCCAUACUGGGAAAAAGUUCUUAAGGAGAAAUCUACACUUGCGCAAGAAUCCCCCACUCCCGGUGUCCACACACACGAUGGAUAUGGACCCCCGCUGGUUUCACAGACACUGUGGCCCCCGCCGUCCAAAAGACAUGAAUAAAGGUCCUGAGAACCGACCCCGCUCAUUCAUGAAGGAACUCGAUCGUGUGUGUGCGUGUGUGUGAAAGAGAAUCACGCGCCUUUAGGCGUCGGUUGGAUGUUCGCUUUUCUGUUGGAAAAGUGAAGUGAAGACGGAGGAAUCGAAGUUUUCAUUUAUAUUUAUUAAGGUUUAUAAAAUCUAACCUAUAAGGUAUUAUUAUGCCCAACAUAGCCCAUAGGCCCUGCCUUUUCACUAGUUUAGCAUUUUGGACCAAAGCAGUAAGAAAUCCUUAAACCCCAAGAAAAAAAAACAUGAAAUAACGGGUCCUAAAUUUAACCGGUUUGUGUCGGCUUUUGGUAGGCUAUAGGCCUACGAAAGGUUUGAGGAGAAUUUCGAGACCAUCCUCUGCCAUGACCUUCCCUUGUUUAGGCAUUUAAAUUAAACAACUGGGGAUGCAUUUAUGUAUAGGCCUAUUUACUUUUCAUAUUAAACGUAAAAUCAUCGAAAGACUUUCAGGGUCAGCUGUACAAUAAGAUGCCCAAUAAUCGAAAAUAUUGAAUUGUAUAGGCCUAAUAUUAAAAAAAAAAUCCAUAUGAUAUAAUGUCAAAACUGAGGUAAUCCGAGCCUAAAAUAUAUGAUAAUCCCGAUAUUUCACCGGCGGGUUUGGUUCGGGCCCCUCUCCUCCCAGGCCAGCUAAACCCCAUGCUGCUGUUUAGAACCCAGAAAAUACCACUUUGAACCCAAAUUAUUCAAAUUCAACACAACAUCACAAAUAUACGCCUAUGAAAGUUUCGCAAGAACUUUGAAACUGUUAAACAUCCGUCUGAAACGGGCAUUGGCCCUCAGGAGCCGUGGCCCCCAAAAACUCCUCCAACUGUUGAAGUGCGUUAUUGUCUCGCCGAGGAGUCAGGCAGCCAAUCGGCUCUUUAAUGACGCGUCGUGGCUCUGCGCUGGGCUAAUUGUUAGAAGUCGAACAUUCAAUUAGGAUCCUUGACAUUGCCAAUAAUCUCUCUUUCAUUGAAGUCCUCAGUGAAGGAGCACACUAAUUAAAAGCGUUGCUUGAAAUAAUCGAAGCGUUACAGAGGAAAGCGACUUUGAUUGCAGUCUCAGCUCGGCCUGAAAGAGGGGUGCUGGCGCCCCUUUACCCUUUAAAUGAUUUGAAAUAGUAUAUUUGAAGAAUUUAAAAUGGUCAGAAUCAAUAACAUGUAACGCAUGAAACAGGCUGCAUUCUGGAUGCCUUUUGUAGUGGUUUAAAUUAGCAACAUACACUGUAGUGUAUAAAUAAGGCUAUUAUUGGGAUAACAUUUGUAAUAUUUUCUUCAAGAAAAUUCUGUUUAUUUAUCUAACAAUUUAGCCCUCUUUUAAAUCGGUUCCCUGGGAUGUCAUCACGGGGACCUGCAUUCUUAUAAUAAGCCAUAAAUUACCUGAUUCGGAAACGAUCUUUAAAGAAACAAAACCUAUGGGGCUUAAGUUUCCCAUAUCCUGUCAAAAUCCUUUUUUUUUUUUAAUCCUUUUUUGUCCAGUAGCCCUGGGUCUAGAUGCCAACACAGUAUCAAAAACAAAUCAGUAAUCACUAAUAUAGUCACAAACAACAGUAAUAAGUGUCAUAAUAAAACAUAAGAAUACUA